UCUAGUUAACGGGACACAGCGGCAGGCCGUCACUGGCUGAGCAGUCUGGAGAGGAGUCGCGUUAUUUUUGGGGCCUAACUUCCGUCAUUUUAUAUCUCCCGGGAUAAACACAGUGGAGGUUUUCGCAUGUGUCGCUGUGAACGUGUAGGUUGUAGUAAUACCACUCGGAGUUCAAAUGGAUUCAUAAAUAUGUGCUUUGCUGGAGCUGUGAAACUUGUUUUUCCACCGUUGCGUGCCUGAAACAAGCAGACGUCAGACCUCGCCCGCUCGCUGCUGCUGUUACAUUUUUUUUUAUCGCAAUCUAAUCACCGCAUUGUUUGCGGGAUUAUACCGCCGCUACACGCGCUAUGUAGUUAAGUGAACGGUGUGGUGACGGUAGCCGUUAGACGUUUAUCGGGAUUUUAGUUUUAAACACCGUGCCUUGGCGGAAAGGAGAGGAUUUCGUUUUAUUUAAGGUAGCAUGACAGGAUCCAGAGCCAUCGAGCUAGCUAGCUAGCUAACGUUAGCACGACGAUUAGCAAGCUUUAUUUUACGUGCAAUGAAUGGACUGCUGCUUUAACGUGUUUAAAUGUGCUACCAGCUAAUGUUGAUUGCUUAAUUUACAAUGAUUAGAUAUCACAAUGGCUUUCGGUGGUGUUAAAUACAGUUAACAGUUGCUAGCAAGUAAACUAUCCAUAUGGGCUGUGUCCAAAGAGUGCCUCGCUAACAUCGUGAAGCUAACGUGCUAACCACUAGCUGUAACGUUGACACCAUUAUUAUACAGUCAGGACACAAAGUCGGGCAACUAUUUUGUUCGUGCCCUCUACACAUUUAACCAGAAUCGUCGAUGAUAUUAUAACAAUUUAAAAUUUAACUAAAUCCGUGACUGUAAUGCCUAACUAGAAAAAGUUGAAGCGUAGCUCAGUUAUUGUAUUACAAGCCAACAUGCACUUUGUCCCGUGCACUAUGAUAGACUAACGUCCACAUAUUUAACCAGCAGAGAUUUAAAUACAAACAGCCAAUUAUGUAAUGCCUAUAUAUUUCGUGUCUCCCUCUGCAUAUGCUUCACUAUAUAUCUGUGUUUUCAAUGCAUUGUAAAUGUGAGCAGUUUAAUUACAUUCUCAAAUGUUGUAAAAUGCAUCUUUGUAGGUCAAUUGAGGAUGAAUGAGCAGGACAGUGGGGUGGUUUCCUUUGAUGAGUAUGUACGGCAGAAAGCCCGCACAGUCCCUCAGCACAGGAUGAAGGAGUUCCUAGAGUCUCUCGCCAAGGGCCCAGAGGUGCUGCAGGAGUUCAGCCAGCAGGGAGGGGCCGACACCACCACUGCCAUGGUGUACCAGCAGCAGGAUACCAGCUGUGUGUACACAGACAGCACGGAAGUGGCUGGCUCUCUCUUAGAGCUAGCUGGUCCGGUGACCUCGGCAGAGAUUUCACCUCAUCUGUCUGUGCAUCAAGAGUCUGAACAGCAGCUUCAGGUGCAGGUUCAGAUUCAGGAACAGCAAGGCCAAACAGUUGGCCAGGUUCUUCAGGUGGCCUCCCCCUCUCAGCAGGACCUGCAGGGAAUCUCAACAGCCCACUUUGUCCAGCAGGGAGAGCUCACAGAGGAGCAGCAGCAGCAGAUUCAGGCACAGCUGGUUGCAGCUGUAGCUGGAGGACAACAAAUCCAGUUGUCAAGCGGACAGCAAAUCCAGUUACAAGGAACGCAGCAUAUUCAGCUGCCAGGCGGCCAGCAAAUUCAACUUGAGGCGGGCCAACAUAUUCAGCUCCAGGGUGGCCAGCAGAUUCAACUACAUGAUGGCCAGCAAAUUCAGCUCCAGGGGGGCCAACAAAUACAGCUUCCUGGUGGCCAACAUAUUCAGCUACAGGGUGGCCAGCAAAUUCAGCUACAGGGUGGCCAGCAAAUUCAGCUACAGGGUGGCCAGCAAAUUCAGCUACCUGGUGGCCAACAGAUUCAGCUCCAGGGUGGCCAGCAAAUUCAGCUUCCUGGAGGCCAACACAUUCAGCUACAGAGUGGCCAGCAGAUUCAGCUUCCUGGUGGCCAACACAUUCAGCUCCAGGGUGGCCAGCAAAUUCAGCUUCCAGGUGGCCAACACAUUCAGCUACAGAGUGGCCAGCAGAUUCAGCUUCCAGGUGGCCAACAAAUUCAGCUUCCAGGUGGCCAACACAUUCAACUCCAAGAUGGCCAACAGAUCCAGAUUCAGACCAUAGAGGCCAUGUCUCAUUCGCAGCAACAGGACUCUCCCAGGGAGGCAGAGAGGAGGUCCGGCACGGUCUCAACUGUCCUCCAACCUGCCAAGAAGCGUAAGGUGGAUGUCCCUCUGGCUGUAUCGUACCAGGGCCAACAGGUAGCCACAGUUCUAGCCAUCCCUCAAGGGCAGCAGCAAAGCUACGUGUCCCUACGACCAGAUUUGCUCACUGUUGACAGCGCACAACUGUACAGCACAACAGGAACAAUCACAGGUCCCACAGGUGAGACCUGGACCAUCCCUGUGUACUCCACUCCACAGCAGCAGGGGGUAACUCACAUUGCCAUCCCACAGGACACGUACAACACAAUGCAAGUCACCACUACCAACGGGAAGGACAAAAUGUCCCCCAAUUCCUCAUCAAGGUCCACAGAUGUGCAGUCGGCCUCCAGUGGGACACAGGAAGAAAUCGUACAGACCCUGUUCCCAGCUCAGUUCAUGAACGGGAACAUUCACAUCCCUGUGGCAGUGCAGACUGUGGGCGGGACUUACAACACUACACAGUCGGUGCACAUAUGGGACCCAAAUCAACAGCAGAGCCAAGUAGAAGAGGGACAAGAGCAGCAGCUCCAUCUGCAGGGCCACAUGGAGACAGAGGGUCAGGCUGAACCGCCUACAGAGAUUAUGGUUCCCAUCUGCCUGAAGCCGGAGGAAGGCCUGGAGGUCUGGCGUCUUUGGGUGAAGCGAAAAAACACGGAGCUAAACAAGCAGGAAAAGACCAAGCUUGCGCCCAUAGGACGUCGUCAGCCGCUGCGUUAUCAGGAAGACUUGGUGUCCAGCGCAGUAGCUGAGCUCAACCUGGGUCUCUCUCUGAUGACGCAGGAGGCACGAGGAUCAGACGAAGAGCAAUUCACAUCCGAUGUUCUAUAUUAUGUUUUUUUGUGUAUACAAAAGUAUCUCUUUGAAAAUGGACGCGUGGAUGAUAUUUUCUCCGAUCCGUAUUACACACGUUUUUGUGGGUGCUUACACAAAAUCCUGGAUGGUUGGAAACCCAGUGUCCAUCCUUUAGGUUAUGUCAUCCCAAGUCAUGUGACAGAGGAGAUGCUGUGGGAGUGCAAACAGCUUGGUGCACAUUCACCAGCCACAUUGCUCACAACUCUAAUGUAUUUCAACACUAAGCAUUUCCACCUGACAACACCUGAACAGCACAUGAAAGUAGCUUUCUCCAAGGUCCUAAGACACACGAAGAAGAACCCCGCUAACGCCAAGGACAAAGCAACUAGCAUCCGCCUUCUCAAAGGACAAGGUCCAAACAGCGCCGGACAGAAAGGUGCUCAAAACAGAACCGAUGACAUGUAUGAAGAGCAGAUCGAGGAUCCAGAGAAUCCCCUUCGCUGCCCCAUUAAACUCUAUGACUUUUAUCUCUUCAAAUGUCCUCAAAGCGUUAAGGGACGUAAUGACGCAUACUACAUGACUCCAGAGCCCGUCGUUGCACCGAACAGCCCGAUGUGGUACUCAUCUCAGCCCCUCACGACUCAGCAAGUGGAGCACGUGCUGGCCCGCAUCAUCGUGGUCCGAGAGAUCCAGGAGAUCAUCGCCAUCGGUCCGGACAUCAUGAGCUAAAUUUGAGAAGACUGACUGGACUCGUGGGAACUUGGUCUCCUGUCACUGAUUGUUGACUAUGCAGUAUCCAUCCUGAUUCUAUAAACCCCAAUGACCAUCAUCUCAAAUCAAAGGGAUCAAUCAUUAUCUCUCUCUGAGGACUGCGUCACAACGGCAAAGAUAUUUCUGUUUCUGUUUUCUGCUGAUUGGUUGGACCGUUCUGUCUCUUGACUACCUUUGUAAGCCAUUGCCUCUGUAACCUUUAAACUGGCAAGUAAGGGAGACGUUGGUCUCACGCCUGCUGGACUAUGAUUGCCCUCCUGUCCUCUGAGCUCUGCAGAGAUGGUACAUUUUCUUUCUGUAAAGGUAUCAAAACAAUAUGAGGAUAUUUAACCUUUCUCUACUUAACCUCACAGACCAUUUACCAAAUAGUCUCUUCAAAGUCCAACUACACGACAUCUUAAUGGACAUUUACAGGGACCACUUCUCACAACUUUUAUUUUUUGUUUUUUGUAUACUGACUGCAUUUUGGAUCAUGUAUUGAUACGUUCAAAGCUGAAGAACUUGUGCCUGUUUUAAAAAUUUACGUCAUAAUUUACGCUUGUGGAUCAUUGAGUGAGUUGAUCCUCAGAUAUUCACGCGGUCAAAGUGCUAUAUUGUAGUCAUUCAGGAUAUUGGAAACAUAUUUUUCUCAGGUCAAAGCUAGUGAUUUGAACACCCUUCAAGGAUUUUUGCCAACCUAUUCCUGUAUGUAUGUAUAGUAGGUUAUUAAACAGAACAUACAGAUGGAAA